CGUCUCAACCGAUUCUGUCGAUCAUUCGCCGACACGAGCUGUCCAUCUCCUCUCGCGACACACACAUUCAUAUUUUAUUACAUUUAUUACAUCACGCAAUAAUCGUUAUCAUUUUUCUAAUAUUUCUACGUUUUAUAGACGAUAUAACAUUAUACAAUUGUGUUUUGUCGGUUGACGCUACCACUUGUAAGCGUAUAACUUUUUUUCUGUAUUCACACGACAUACAUAAGACAAUUAAUAUACAAUAAUAAUUAAUAAUAUUACAUAUAAGUGAGUAUUAGUCAGUUACCUAAGUUAAUGAAAACGACGGUGACAAACCAGCGGAACCAUAGUUAUAAUUAAUAACGAUAAAAAUAUUAUAAACCUGGAGAAGUAAUCAAUAUCGCAGAAAUGUUGACCGCUACAAGAGCGGUUAUCGUCUUUGCGUGCCUGACGAUGGCUAAUUGCGGAAUCUUCCACGCCAUGCCAGUAGUCGAUGAACAACCAGUUCUAGGAUCAUGUUGUCCGCCAAUAACCCGGAGGCAAAACUCCAUACCAGUACACUACGUGACGGGAACACACUACGAAGUCGGAUUCAGCGUCGGACGAACUUUUGGAUCAAUAAUUAAAGAAUAUGUGCGUUUGUACGAGCCACUCCAGAGUGAGUUUUUACCAAUGUACGCUCAACCGGAAGGAAAGGAGAUUUAUGAAGAAAGUUUAAAGUCCACACAAAAAUAUUUCCCUCAGUAUGUGAACGAGCUACAAGGAUUGGCUGAUGGAGCGGAAGUUCCGUUUCACGUGUUGUUCUUAAUGGCAUUAGACGAUACGUUGCCAAAGAAUUUAAACGCUUCAAGUAAAGAUAAAGGACCGAUAGGAUGUACUUCAUUAAUAAUUAAUCAGCCAAAUGCACAGUUGUUAGGUCACACAGAAGACGCGUUGUCCGAAACGACGAAUAACUAUUACAUUGUAGCUGCUCAUGUGUUGCCCGACGAAACCGAGAUGGGUGGCAUUUUCCAGGCCAGAGAAGAGAAGUUCGAAGCACUCGCGUACGCUGGACACUUACCGGGUUAUGCUAGCGGUCAUAACUACUACGGGCUAGUGUUUUCGAUUAACACGAUAUUCGUCAGUAAACCUCUGAGGGGCAAAAUCCCCCGAGAGUUCAUUACGAGAGCGCUGCUGUCCUCGAGAGCUGACUUGGGAGAGAUCUUGGAUAUAUUGACCAACGAAGGGGUAGGCACGGCCGACGGUUUUAACGUUAACUUUGGUUUCCUGCAUGUUCCCAAGGAAUCACGUGUUUUUCAUACAGUUGAAGUCACCCCGAAAACCGAUUCUGACAGGUCGGAAGUGUACCUCGCAGAUUUCGGUAUAGGAAACAACUCAUUACAUACCAACAGAUUACUCCAUCUGAAGUACCCGGAACUGGAUGAAGCCGCUUACGGGAGCAGCUUGUCCAGGGAGAGUCGAUACAAGAAGAUGACGGCCAACAAGACCGCCGCGAGUAUCCAAGAUAUGUUGGAAGUGCUUGGCAACAGGGAAGACGAUCCGUGGCCAGUAUUUAGUGACAAGCCCGAUGCCAGAGUCAGCACAAUUAAUUUGGGAGUGUUUGACUUCAAUAAGAAAACUUGGACCAUGUGGGGCAAUGAUCCAAUCAACAACUCGCCUCUAUUGCAGUUGCCGCUAACAUUCACGGACUUAAUCGACCCAGUAGGAAACGAUAUAAACAUUAACAGAAUCGAAGUGGUCGACACUUUUUAUCCUGAUAAAUAAUUGAAUAAAUUGAUUAAGAAUUUAUCACCAUUUAGUCAUAUUACCAUUACAAUAUAGUAACUACUACCUACAAAUAUAUAUUAUAUUUGAUCAUAUUAAUAUUUAUUAUCAUAUAUCAAUAUCAUAAUGCAUAUAUUAUGUUAUACAAUGUAAUCGAAUAGCUAGUAAAAAAUUAUAUCCUAUGCUGAGUUAUUAUAUUUAUAUAAAUUAUUGUUACAUUAUUAUUAUAUUAUGUGUAUAGAUUAUUUAUAAAAUUUAAAAUAACAAUAAUUGUUUUUAAUGUGUAUAUUUUAACCGUGUCUACUAAUAAAAAUAUUUGCUUGUCCAAAUAGUAUGGUUAGUACAAUUUAAAUAUAUUUUUAAAUAAAAUACA